CUUAUUUCCUCUUUAUGUCGAAAAUUAAACCUUAUCAAAUCCUUAAUCUUCGAGGAAGGGACAUUGUAGUCAGAAAGUGCCGAUGCAAAGGAACAAUUACGGCAGCUGUCGGUAGCCGUUCUAGCAAAGAGAACGAAAUACUGUUCUGUAAAGUGUGCAAAAAGAUAAUACAAGACUAUGUUUGCAACUUCAAAAUGGACAUGGUGGUAUUGGACGUACUUAAGAAUCGUGUACGAGAAAUCACCAUGUUCGACAAAGUUGUUGAAGAGUUUCUUGGGUGUACACCAGAGGAGUAUUUGGAGCAUGUCAAAAGGGAUAGUCGUUUAUACGAAAAGCUGGAGGAGGCGGCACAUGGUAUGUUUGUGAACGCCGAGAUGGGCAUCAAUCCACGAGGAUACAUUGAGGUGAAAUCGUGUGUGAUUCAGAGUAAUGAGCAAGCAAUUAGUUUGAUUGGGAUUAUUACGCGCAAGCUUUGUGUGACAGGCGAAAAUAAAUAAAUUCCUGUUCCGAUCGAAUGCGAUUGUGAUUGGCUCAUUCGUAAAAAAAUUUUUUUUUUAUUAUUUGUCGAGAAAAAAAAUGCGGAAUUGAAUUAAUCUUUCUCUU